GCCCCACCCCGCCAGGGGCGUGGCCUGCGCGGAGCCCCGCCCCGGGACGGCACCGGCGGGAGGGGGCUGCAGUCCGGACGGGCCAUGGCCUGGAGCAGGAGGCUCGCCAAGGAGCUGGAGGAGGCGCGGCGGUGGGAAGGGGUGUGCGCGCUGGGCCCGCUGGGGGGCGACGUGCUGCGCUGGGGGGGGCUGCUGCUGCCCAACAACCCCCCCUACAACGGGGGCGCCUUCCGCUUGGAGCUCUCCUUCUCCCCCCGCUACCCCCUGGUGCCCCCCCGCGUCACCUUCCGGACCCCCAUCUACCACCCCGGCGUGGACCAGCAGGGCCGCGUGUGCCAGCCCCUCACCGCCAGCGAGCACUGGAAGCCCACCACCCGCGUCCUCCACGUGCUCCAGGACCUGCUGCUGCUGGUGGACAACCCCGACGCCCAGCGGGUGCUGCGGCAGGACCUGGCCCGCGAGCUGGCCACCGACCCCCAGCUCUUCCAGCGCCGGGCCGAGGAGCACACCCGCCUCCACAGCGAGGGACGCCCCCCCGCCGCCGCCCCCUGAGCCCCCCAGCACCCCGCCGGGCCCCCCCCCCACACCGGUAUCCCCCAAAAUAAAGGCGUUCCCCCCCCACCGUGAA